UGUGUGCUGGAUUUUGUACACCUGUCUGCAACGGGUGUGGCUGAAAUAGCCGAAUCCAUACAUUUUUUUAAGGGGUAUCCACAUACUUUCAUAAAUAUAGUGUACAUGAAUCUAGAACUCCAGAUUCCAGCUGUUUUUAAAUCACUAGUAUGUAAAAUGGUGUUUCUUAAUACCGACAAAAAUCAAACAUGACAUGUACGCAAAACGAUGAAUGUGAUCAUCCUUAGGUGCACACUUUAUUCUAUGGACUUGAAUAUUCUUAUUGUGGUGAUGCUGCUGCUUUGAUGGUAAAGGUCUAGUAGAGGAUACUGGCUUCUACCAAACAUCAUCUGGUCUAGUUUGGUCUUCGCUUUGUUCCCAAGCCUGAAAUCUCUCUUCCCAUAGCCUGGUCCCAGACCGGUUUCUCUUGUCCUGACAAAAUGACUAUAAGGUGUCGGCUUGGCUCCACCACAAACCCAUCUGACAACUGACAACAGUCCCUCUGUUCCAUCUUAUUCCAUCUUUUCUCAUUCUUCUUCUCUGGUUUUGGAAGCAGCGUAGAGUAUACACCAACACAUUCCAUGCUGUCUGUCAGUUGGUUCUUCUUCUCUGGUUUUGGAAGCAGCGUAGAGUAUAAACCAACACAUUCCAUGCUGUCUGUCAGUUGGUUCUUCUUCUCUGGUUUUGGAAGCAGCGUAGAGUAUAAACCAACACAUUCCAUGCUGUCUGUCAGUUGGUUCUUCUUCUCUGGUUUUGGAAGCAGGGUAGAGUAUACACCAACACAUUCCAUGCUGUCUGUCAGUUGGUUCUUCUUCUCUGGUUUUGGAAGCAGGGUAGAGUAUACACCAACACAUUCCAUGCUGUCUGUCAGUUGGUUCUUCUUCUCUGGUUUUGGAAGCAGCGUAGAGUAUAAACCAACACAUUCCAUGCUGUCUGUCAGUUGGUUCUUCUUCUCUGGUUUUGGAAGCAGCGUAGAGUAUAAACCAACACAUUCCAUGCUGUCUGUCAGUUGGUUCUUCUUCUCUGGUUUUGGAAGCAGCGUAGAGUAUACACCAACACAUUCCAUGCUGUCUGUCAGUUGGUUCUUCUUCUCUGGUUUUGGAAGCAGCGUAGAGUAUACACCAACACAUUCCAUGCUGUCUGUCAGUUGGUUCUUCUUCUCUGGUUUUGGAAGCAGCGUAGAGUAUACACCAACACAUUCCAUGCUGUAUGUCAGUUGGUUCUUCUUCUCUGGUUUUGGAAGCAGCGUAGAGUAUACACCAACACAUUCCAUGCCGUCUGUCAGUUGGUUCUUCUUCUCUGGUUUUGGAAGCAGCGUAGAGUAUACACCACCACAUUCCAUGCUGUCUGUCAGUUGGUUCUUCUUCUCUGGUUUUGGAAGCAGGGUAGAGUAUACACCAACACAUUCCAUGCUGUCUGUCAGUUGGUUCUUCUUCUCUGGUUUUGGAAGCAGCGUAGAGUAUACACCAACACAUUCCAUGCGGUCUGUCAGUUGGUUCUUCUUCUCUGGUUUUGGAAGCAGCGUAGAGUAUACACCAACACAUUCCAUGCUGUCUGUCAGUUGGUUGUCUCUCUCAAAAAAGGUGUUGAACACAAGCAGAUCUGGGAUCCAGGCUACCAACCUGCCUUGUGCUUCCUGCUGUCUAACACUUCAUGAUAGACGGACCGACGCUUCAUUAAUUCUACUCUGUCCACCAGCACAGCAUUUAAACUGCUUUUAUUUUGACAAACAAACGGGGCACUGAGCCUGGGGGACGAGGUGUCGUCUCUAGUCACUGAGCCUGGGGGACGAGGUGUCAUCUCUAGUCACUGAGCCUGGGGACGAGGUGUCAUCUCUAGUUACUGAGCCUGGGGAUGAGGUGUCAUCUCUAGUCACUGAGCCUGGGGGACGAGGUGUCAUCUCUAGUCACUGAGCCUGGGGACGAGGUGUCAUCUCUAGUCACUGAGCCUGGGGGACGAGGUGUCAUCUCUAGUCACUGAGCCUGGGGGACGAGGUGUCAUCUCUAGUCACUGAACCUGGGGACGAGGUGUCAUCUCUAGUCACUGAGCCUGGGGACGAGGUGUCAUCUCUAGUCACUGAGCCUGGGGCGAGGUGUCAUCUCUAGUCACUGAGCCUGGGGACGAGGUGUCAUCUCUAGUCACUGAGCCUGGGGGACGAGGUGUCAUCUCUAGUCACUGAGCCUGGGGGACGAGGUGUCAUCUCUAGUCACUGAGCCUGGGGACGAGGUGUCAUCUCUAGUCACUGAGCCUGGGGGACGAGGUGUCAUCUCUAGUCACUGAGCCUGGGGACGAGGUGUCAUCUCUAGUCACUGAGCCUGGGGACGAGGUGCCAUCUCUAGUCACUGAGCCUGGGGACGAGGUGUCAUCUCUAGUCACUGAGCCUGGGGACGAGGUGCCAUCUCUAGUCACUGAGCCUGGGGACGAGGUGUCAUCUCUAGUCACUGAGCCUGGGGGACGAGGUGCCAUCUCUAGUCACUGAGCCUGGGGACGAGGUGUCAUCUCUAGUCACCGAGCCUGGGGGACGGGGUGUCAUCUCUAGUCACUGAGCCUGGGGACGAGGUGUCGUCUCUAGUCACUGAGCCUGGGGAUGAGGUGUCGUCUCUAGUCACUGAGCUUGGGGAUGAGGUUAGUGGAGGUGUUAUGCAAUCAUGAAGCGGGUUUUACCAACAUCAAAAGCUUUGGUUUCUGUUCAUCUGUUGGCUCUACUUUACAUAGACACCUUAUGCAACCAUGGAUUUAUACAGGAAGUCUUCCAUAGACCUACCAAUUCUUAGCCUGGCCCCAGAUCUGUUUCUACUGUCUAGCCAAAUCCUAAAUAGUGUUUGACAUGACAAUGACCAUAAGAGUUGGAUAUACAAACUAAUCUGAGUAUAGGCUAACAAAGCCCUACUCUGUGAACUAACUGGAGUCUGGUGGGCGUAUGGGGUGGACGGGUGGGCGUAUGGGGUGGUUGUUUGGGCGUAUAAAGCAAACGUCUUGGAACCAUUGCGACUUUGCAACUACUUAACAUGUUAGCUAACCCUUCCUCUAAAAUCAAAUCAAAAAAUCUAAUUUAUUUAUAAAAUCAAAUGUAUUUAUAUAGCCCUUCGUACAUCAGCUGAUAUCUCAAAGUGCUGUACAGAAACCCAGCCUAAAGCCCCAAACAGCAAGCAAUGCAGGUGUAGAAGCUCUAAUCUUAACAUGUUAGCUAACCCUUCCCCUUUAACGUAACUCCUAAACUAACUGUCAGCCAUCUAACUAGAAUUCGUAACAUAUCAUACGUUUUACAAAUUUGUUACAAUAUUGUACGUUUGGCAAAUUCGUAACAUACAAAAUGAAUACAUACGAAACAUAACAUAUCAUACCAAAUGGAGUGUCUCGGAUUUACAUAUAGAAUACUAGGAAAUGAUCUGAGACCAGGUUAUGGAACAAGGUACUAGACUAUCUUCAGACCAGGGCAGACCAGGGACUAUGAAAUACUCCCCCCACCGUUAACAAGCGCAUUACACUCUAUUUCGUCAUCCAGAUAAGGUCAGUGUAUGAAUUGAUAUUUAUCACUGUACCAUGCUUGUUCAGUGUUAUUUAUUACAUUUUUAAAAACUAACUGGCAACAAGUUAAAAAUUAUUAGUAUUUUUAAGAUGCUCAUUGAAAUAUUUAGCAAAUCACUAAGGAUCAAGGUUCAUUUGUGUACUUGUGUUAAUAUUUGCAACUACUGCACCAAGCUAAAUGACACAUUUACAUUCAGGGACAAGUUGGUUCAUCUUGACCCUCCGCUGUUAGUUACUGAUUGACUGGGGACCUGAUAUGAGUGAUGUUUUGUAACAAAGAUCCUUGCUGUCUUUUUCAAAAAGCGAUUUAUCAACUACAGUAUGUACAGUGGCAGAGCUGAGCUUUGGGAACGUUACACGUGUCACAUGGAAAGCAGUGGCAUAGUGGUGUUAAGUAACUUCACAGUAUAUUUUAGAAGCCUGAGUGUUGGACAUACAGGAUGGUAUAUUUUAGAAGCCUGAGUGUUGGACAUACAGGAUGAUCAUGGUCAGCUGGAAUGGAAUGACCCUAAACAUUGACCCAGAUAAAGGCUCUAUCCCAAAUGGCACCCUAUUCCCUACAUAGUACACUACAUUUAACCAGAGCCCUGUGGUCACAAGUAGUGUACUUUGACUGCUUGCAUCCCAAAUAGCACCCUAUCUUCUACUAUCUCCACGUUAUCGCGUUAUCUAUGAGAACUUACUAACCCUACCCUCCCUCUGGUUAUUUUCCCCACGUAGUACUGCCUGACUCACUCACAGCCUGUGACUAAAUCAAUGGCUUCACUAGCUGCUGAGGCUCAGUGACAUCACAAUGGCAGGUUGUGUUCUAAAUGGCUUCCCCUCACUAGCUGCUGAGGCUCAGUGACAUCACAAUGGCAGGUUGUGUUCUAAAUGGCUUCCCCUCACUAGCUGCUGAGGCUCAGUGACAUCACAAUGGCAGGUUGUGUUCUAAAUGGCUUCCCCUCACUAGCUGCUGAGGCUCAGUGACAUCACAAUGGCAGGUUGUGUUCUAAAUGGCUUCCCCUCUCUAGCUGCUGAGGCUCAGUGACAUCACAAUGGCAGGUUGUGUUCUAAAUGGCUUCCCCUCACUAGCUGCUGAGGCUCAGUGACAUCACAAUGUCAGGGCUGUGUUCUAAAUGGCUUCCCCUCACUAGCUGCUGAGGAUCAGUGACAUCACAAUGGCAGGGUGUGUUCUAAAUGACACCCUCUUUCCUAUAUAUAGUGUACUACUUUUCAACAGGGCCCAUAGGGCUAUAGUCAAAAGUAUUGCACCACAUAAGGAAAAGGGUGCAAUUUUGGAUGCAGUGUAUGUAUGAGGACAUUCAGUCCCCAAUGACAACCUCAGUCCAUCCAAGCCCUUCACAGCAUCUCUCCACACACACACAGACUUAGACCAACAAAGAAGUCUCCUGGUCUCAGUGUAGUGGACUACAGAGCUAAAUAGGAAGGGGGGUUGAGGGUUGAGUCCCAAAUGGGUACCCUAGUCACAGAGACGGAGAUAUAUCAAACGAUCAACAGGGACUGCUGGCCGCCACCACCUGAUCAUUGAGGUAAAUUGAGCAUGGAAGGGUCUGCUGAUGAUCACUUCCAUUUUAUACUGAACAAAAAAAUGUAUGCAACGUGUUGGUCCCAUGUUUAAUGAGCUGAAAUAAACGAUCCCAGAAAUGUUCCAUUCGCACAAAAAGCUUUUUUUCUCUCUUAACAUUUUCUGCCCAAAUUUGUUUCCAUCCCUGUUUAGUGAGCAUUUCUCCUUUGCCAAGAUAAUCCAUCCACCUGACAGGUAUGGCAUAUC